AACAAAGGAUCCCACUUCAUGAUACAAGUUGAGAAAAUGGCUGCUACGGGUGCUGCCCACUUGAACAGUGCGAAGCUAAAUUUGGGAAUUUUACGUGAUUUUUACAGACGCGAGUUUUUAGAAUGUAUUGACAAAUGCAUUGGAACUAAGGCUCUUGUCUGGGAUGAUGGUCUCACAGGUCCUUUUGGACUGAUAGCAGAAGCUUCCAUGUUGAAGGAGCAACAUGAAGUGGAGCGGAUGUUUCGCCUUCAGUCCUCGGGACUUCCUUCCAGCAAUGUUCAGAACAUCAUCUUCAUUGUCAGACCCAAGUUAGGACUAAUGGAGACCAUCGCACAAUGCCUUCUAAAUGAAGAAAUGAAAGGUGGCUAUGUGAGGAAGGAGUUUUACCUCGUGUUUGUGCCGAGGAAAAGUCUGCUGUGUGAAAAGAAAUUAAAGGAGCUGGGUGUGUAUGGAUCAUUUGCAAGUGUGGAGGAAUUUAAUUUAGGACUGAUUCCCUUUGACUCUGAUUUGUUGUCUAUGGAGAUGGAUGAAUCAUACAAGGAGUGUUACCUGCAAAACGACUUCACUUCCAUGUUCUUUGCUGCCCAGUCCUUGAUGACGCUGCAGGCUCUGUACGGCACUAUACCGUAUGUCUAUGGCAAAGGAGACUGUGCAAAGCAAGUGGUGGACAUGAUGCGACGUAUGAAGAUGGAGAUGGGCGGCGUGGAGCCCCAGAUCACUCCACAGAUCGACAAUCUGCUCAUCCUGGACCGCAACGUGGACCUGCUGACCCCGCUGCUCUCACAGCUCACCUAUGAGGGGCUCAUCGACGAGAUCUUCAACAUCAAAAACACCAACGUGAAACUCCCCCCUGAAAAGUUUGUCUCUCAAGAGGAGAAGAAGAACAGCAAGGAGCCACUCCCCACAGAACCCAAAAAGUUUAUCCUCAACUCUGCGGACGAGCUGUACGCCGAGCUCAGAGAUAAGAAUUUCAACGCUGUCGGGGCGAUUGUCAGUCGCAAAGCAAAGACGAUCACAGCAGAGUUUGAUGAAAGACACGCAGCCAAAACGGUGGGGGAGAUGAAACAGUUUGUCUCCAAACUGCCGCAUUUACAAAAUGUUAGAGCAUCUUUAGGCAUUCACACAUCUAUAGCAGAGUUGGUAAAAGAAGUGACAGAUUCUGACGAGUUCCUUGAUUCUCUUCGUUGCCAGCAAGAACUGACGCACGGCAUCGACACAGACAAGGUGAACCCGUACAUCGAAGACUGCAUCGCCCGAGAGGAGCCGCUCAGCAAAGUGCUCCGUCUCAUCUGUAUACAGUCCAUCUGUAACGACGGCCUCAAGCCCAAGGUGCUCGACUUCUACAAGAGGGAGAUCAUUCAGACUUACGGCUUCGAGCACAUGGUCACUCUGUCCAACCUGGAGAAGUCUGGCUUCCUCCGCCCGCAUGCCGCCCGCACCUACCAGGUCAUCCGGAAAACCAUGAAGCUGAUUGUGGAGGACGUCAAUGAACAGAACCCCAACGACAUAGCGUACGUGUACAGCGGCUACGCCCCGCUCAGCGUGCGCCUGGCCCAGUACCUGGCGCGUCCCGGCUGGCGCAGCAUCACCGAGGUGCUCAACUUGUUGCCAGGACCCAAGGUGGAGGAGGUGCAGCAGAUCCCCAUGGGACUCAGGAAGAGACGGGCGUCGGUAACCUCGUCGCAGUCCAGCAUGGGGGAGCAGAAACUGACGCUGGUGUUCUUCCUGGGCGGAGUCACGCAGGCUGAACUGGCGGCACUCCGGUUUUUGGCACAGCAAGAUGACGGCGGCACGGACUACGUGGUGGCAACGACCAACAUCGUUCAAGGUCACCGACUGAUCGAGUCGCUGCAGGAGCACAUUGAGCCCGUCAAGCUGAACCCGUUCUGAGCGGCAACUCGCUCCGUCGCUGUUGUGUGUGGUCUGUGGGGGAAAUACACGAUGAGGAGAUGUGUGCAUGUGUGAGAAAUUUUCUGGUGAUAUGUUUGGGUGGUCUUUGGGAGAUAUCACGAGGAGCAGAUGUGUGUGUGUGUGUGUGUGUGUGUGUGUGAGAGAGAAAUGUGCUGGUAAUAUGUUUGGGUGGUCUUUGGGAGAUAUCAUGAGGAGCAGAUGUGUGUAUGUGUGUGUGUGUGUGUGUGAGAAAUGUGCUGGUAGAAUGUUUUUUCCAAAUAUGUGAUGCUUUCUGUAAUAAUGUUAGUACAUACAGCCGGGUAUAGAUAACUCAAACUCAAACACGAAGGGUAUGGACACACGUGUUUGACUCUUCCAUAAUUCUGGUAAGUCUUACAUAGGUAGCUAGAAAUUAAAGAGCUAUACGUCGAGGAAUGGUAAACUGUACGAGCUCUCCUUGAUUUUGAAUUUUCCGUGUUCUUGUUACUGUUAUCUGUGACUGACUGCGAUUGUUGAAAAUAAUAUUUUUAAUUCAAGGUGCGGAUAUUUUGUGGAGAACAAAUUACAAUUUUUAUUAUAUUUGGAUUGAGUGUGUCUGUUGGGAGGUCAUGCUUACAACAGGCAGGAGUGAGUGGGAACUGAAUGAAGAAUUUUUUGAGUAGGAAAUGGAUGAAAAGAUGAGUUGAGUACUGGUACAGUGAACUUUGACAUCCAGUACAUUUGAUGAGCCGGGCCUGUUUAGCUGUGGUGGGAGCAAGAUAUGUCUUGUCCUGAAUAGAUUGAAACGUUCACAGCAAUUGACAAAACAUUAGGGUCUUCCCAAUUUUUUAAUUUAAAAAAAAAUUACUUUUCAACUUUCCGAAUUAUUUUCCUUUUGCUUUAAAAAUGAGGAACAUUUUCGUUUCCUUUGCGUCGUGGGUAGCAAUGAGUUUUUAUUCAAUGCUUUUUCAACACCUUGAUCAUGAUCAUUCAUAGUUUUUGGUUCCCUCUUUCGACAUUGUCCUCAAACCGUUACUAAUUCACCUGACCAAACAUGAACAACAACCGCGGAUGUCCCACUGGUGUGAGCUCCACUAUCACCCACAAUGAAAUGUCCUCAGACAUGACGAGUCUUGUUGUUUUCAAAUUAAUUCUUUUGACAAUUGGGGAUUUGUUCUCCUCUUGAAGGAGUUGAACUUUUUUGUUGGGUGUGAAGUUCACUGUGUUUGCUUUGCUCAUUACCUGCUUGUUUAUCAGUGUGGAAGAUAUGGAUUGUUUGUCUGUACGGUCAGCAUGUGAUGAUAGCAUUGCUUCUGGGAUGAAUAACUGUAUUAUUGAACAGAAUACUCUUGACCUGUUGUGGUUUCUGGUGCUUGUAUAAGAUCUUCUGUUUGUCAUAGACGUUUUGUGGUACGGUAUUACAUUGUAUACUUAUGAACCAAAUUUACACAUAUAUAGAUGUAUUUGAGUUGAUAAAAUACGCAGAUACACAGAGAGAGAAAUGGAGAUUGGAGGGGGGGGGGGGGGUAUAGACAGAAACGAGAGAGAGAGAGAGAGAGAGAGAGAGUAAGAUGGAGGGAGAAAAGAGAGAGAGAGUGUGUGUGUGAUCCUUGUAUUGUAUAAAAUAUCUGUGGACUACGGUACCUUAGAUUGUAAGGUCAUGAACGGAAAUGUUCUGUAAUCACAGAUGUCUGUCAUGCUGCCAAGUUUUGUGAGUUUGUGUGAGACAUGAACAAUUACACGCCAUGACUGGGGUGCUUGGUGAUCUUUCUGUCAACUUGUGCAAUACGUUAAAAAAAAAAAAUGUGAUGUUUGAGUGAGAAAAAAAGAUGUGAUGUUUGAG